AUUCGAUACAUAUCCAGCCACGCAGAAAGUACCUACCUGAGUCCCCGAUAACAACUGUACGGCCAAUGUAACCUCUUUGAUAACCAAUCUACAUACCUCACAUGCUUCUUCCACCAGUCGCUCGUUGAUUGUCUAUCCACCCUCCACACACUCUCGUUCUAUCUUUUCCCCUAACCACGCAACUUUCGUCGCUACAUUCGCUUCUUUAACCCCUAAAGUGAACAUAUAACAAGCCAAGAUUGUUUUUUUCCCCUUCUACUUCAGUAACCCACUUGAUUAAUAGAUCCGUUCGCUUUAGGGAAGCUCACUAGCCACGUUAGUCAGAACUAGCAAGUGGCUGUUUGCUUCCCGUUCCUGAAAUAGCUCCGAAAAAGACAACGCUACGUAGUAAUUUCGGUUGCCAGACACGAGAAGGAAAACAAAACUUCCAAUAGCCAAGUGUAAACUGAGACCAAUUGUCUUUCUUUUGAUCGCCUUCAAAGACCAGCCAACCCCCAUUAAGGUCCAGCCGCCAUGGCACCUUCAUUCCUCAACUUUAAAGAGUUUCGAAGAAGAUCACGAGCUAGUAUCCGUACCGAUCGCUCUACCGAUACCUCAAGUUAUGAUGACCACCAUAGUCAACAUACCACUCCCACCAAUGGAUCGAUCACGCCUCCUUCUAUAACAGCCCAAUCCGAUCCGGGAUUAAGUACUCAAGUUAAAGACCAGCCGCAACCUCCUCCUGUGCCCGGUAACAGGCCACCUCCCCAGCCCAAUAACAACCGGUAUAGUGUAUCGGGAAUGGCUGGGCUAGGAUCGCCUAUGCUAAACGGCAAAUCUUCGUUGCCUGUGUCGCAAUAUGCUCCUCGAAUUUCUAACCUUGGAGAAAAUACUUGGGUCUCGCAAAAGAUACUCCUAGUUAAUGGUACAAUUGGAGAACUUGGUCAGCGAUCGUUAGAGGGAAACGUCACAGUUUGCAGACUGGACGAUGGAUUCCCACCUACGCAAUGGCCCGUAAGCGAAUCGCAGUUCAAGGCUUUGGUGUACCUUAUGCCCGGUGCGAAUAGAUUACGAUUCGACUUUGCGAGCCCAAAGCUUGCCAACAGCGGCUCUUCGAACCCGAUCCACUCGUCCUAUAUCACGGUGCACAUGGUUCCUCCGAUCAAUGCGCCGCCACUACAACUCGCCAUCCUUUUAGCGAAAGAUUCUCCUGGUACAUUCGAUGCGGUUCCUGCCCGAGUUGAGAGGGAAGGAAAUGGUCUUGAAACGGCCGUCCGCAAGUUUCGAAUGGCUGCUUAUCUCUGGCAAGCAUUCACCGCUGAACAGAUGUGGAGAAAUAAGCUUGGGAGAAGAGUGUUUAGAUUCGAAGAGGAAUGGACUACUGGUACCUGCAACCUUAGAGAUAGGGAGAUGGGUAUAAUGCGGUCAGAGGCGCGUAUCCAUGUCAUCCGAUCAGACAAGACUUUAGCCGAGAUCAGGGACCUUGAAAUUGCGCAACAAAAUCCCAAGGCAACAAAGAAGGGCGAUUUAUACGGAAUUGCCGCCGAUGCGCUCAAGAAUUAUUUUAAACCACUUCCAGGGCAAACGCAAUACGUUUCAGUCUUACUCUUAGACGCGCACUGGGAUACAACAGCGAAGACAAUCACAGCACACGCGGCCCUAGGAGGUAAUUCUGGCGAUUUACAUAUGGCUAUUUUUGGAUCGCAUUGUAUGCAGAGUUAUCCCACGAGCUUCGAGGAGGUUGUACCAGCGUUCAACGACUGCACGCCUACAGACACCAACUUCGUGGCGAAUGAUUGCAAUGAAUCUGGAAGUUCAUGGGAAGCUGCCAAUAUUGGUAUUGGUGCGCAUCUCCAUGAAACUGGUCACCUUCUCGGAUGUCCACAUCAAGAGAAUGGGGUCAUGCUUCGGGACUACGUCAGAUUAAAUCGUACAUUUGUUGCCCACGAGUCUUACUCUACACGGACGAAAUCGAAAGGAGGCCCUGUGUCCCAAGCCGAUGAGUGUACUUGGCACCGUCUUGAUUGCCUGCGAUUCCGAAGCCACCCCUGUUUUAGACUGCCUAACGAUCCGGUCCUGAACCCCGACGCAAGUGUUCAAGCUUGGCCAGUUGAAAAUGGACAUGUGCAGAUUACGGCAGCCACCGGAGUUUCAUUUAUAGAGAUCUAUCCGGAAGGCGACGAUCUUUGUCAUACGUGGAUCGAGUACCCGUUGGAGAACGGUCCCGUGCAGCGAACCCUUACACUCACCGAGCAGGAGUUGCGAGAUAGACUCCCAGAAGACAAGCGGAAAUCGAAAAUAAAGGUCUGCAUUAAAACCCACGGCGGUGGAAACCUCGAUAUCAACGAUUUCCAUAGCUUGUGCUCGAAAGCGUCUUCGUUGAAGUUGUCUUUCGGCAAAUCAGCAUACCGGAGUGAUAAACUAGGGUUCUCGCAAAUGGAAGGCAGUGAGCCGCAGGAAUUCGUUUUUACGAGCACUACCCAGAAAAAUCGAGUUCUAUCUCGUGUUGUAUUUUACCAUGGGUUUGCCUUGGAUGGAUUAGAAUUCUUCUACGAUGACGGUUCCAGCCAGUUGUUUGGAAAACGUGGGGGUAAACCUGGCGGUGAUACAUUUGAAAUGGAUAUCCGCCGUGGCGAGUAUAUAACCGGCUUUUUUGUGCGAUCAGGGUUGUGGGUAGAUGCUAUUCAGGUUUUGACGAGUCUCGGAAGAAAAUCGCCCAUUUAUGGUAACCCGCAUGGUGGUUCUCCUCACACGCUUCUCCCUCCCCGCGGUUACACGGUUUGUGGCGUUUCUGGAUCAUGCGCUGCUUGGGUUGACGGCUUUGCCGUUAUCAUCGCUCGGUAAAUGAGAUAUUUGGUAUAAACUCCAAAUGAGCAUUAGAAGGCGUCGGCACGAAAGGAGUCGUGUUUUCAUUCUAGUGAGGGAUUACAACCGCUUUUUUUCCCAAUUGGUUGUACAGGAUUCUGGCAUCUGCAUAUUCACUUUCUUACGGC